AUGGCUGAGACUACAGAGAAAUCGCUCCAAACCUACGCAGGCUUGUUUGAUGAAGCUGGUCAUCUGCAGUCUUUCAGCGACCUUGCCAUCCAUCCCUUUCGAUUUGUCAUGUUUGGGAUGGUAUUCGAGUCACAUCUAUUAUUUGUUGCUGAUGCUUUGGAGAAGCUUUUGGAACGAAUCAUACAGCUAUGCCAGGGACGGAAAAAAGCUAAGCUUUGGAUCCCGGGAGGAAUCAGAUAUGCGGCUGCCUGGGCUUUUAACAGAAAUGUUGCAGCUCCAAUUCCAGGCCAAUCGAACGUGAUAGAUCCUGACCUAGAUGAAAAAGAGUCUAAUGAGGCCCAGAACGAGCUUCGAAGCAGUCGUGGAUCUGGAGUCAAACGACGGGGUCGACUGGCUACUUUCAUCAUUGCUACACAAAAGUGGUUAUUUAACUCGGAUGGUUUAUAUGCCUUAAGAAUGAUCAUUCUUACAGUAGCCUUGGCGAUACCUGCAGCUAUACCAUCCAGCGCAGGUUUCUACUAUCGCGAGAAAGGUGUCUGGGCCCUCAUAAAGGGUCAAACCACUUUGUUGGUCUACAUAGCGGACUUUACCUUCUCUAUGAUCAGUCGAACCAUUGGACAGUUUGGGAGAGUCUCAUAUCAUAAGUAG